GCGAGUCCAGACUGAGGAGGAGGUGAAGAAGGGUCCAUGUUCAGUAAGCGUGUAAUGAAGCCGGCUUUGGAUCAGGGUCACUGACUUGAGUGGCAUUUAUUUCUGCAAGGAGACUAGUCUGCUGUGUGCUUUAAAUUACUGUGGACGGGCUUGGUGAAACCUGGAUUACUUGGUGCCCAGUGAGCAGAUGGUAAUAUAUUUACCCUCACUGUCUCUGUGUUCCGGCCUUCAGGACAGAAGCAGUCAUCCAAAAACCACAUCGUCUAGAUCUUUAUUUAUUUUGCCACCAAUCAACUCUGAGCAGCCUGCCGGACAGCUGCAGCAAGUGAAGUCACUUUACGCUCAUUAGCAUGGACAAGAGAUGAGACCCUAGACACACACACACACACCACAGAUUCCCUCCCUCCACCCAUUUAUGAGUGUGUCGUGCCAGUGCACCGAGGAGCUCCGGAAACCUCUCUCCGGAUUUCAAUUGUGGGUUGGCAUUCAUAUGUUUGCAUAUAUAUUUAGAUAUUUUUAAUGUGUUUUAAUGCAUACAGGUUGACUUCCCAGGAGGGAGCGAACAACUAUAUCAAAAUGAAGGAAGAAAAUUUGAACAUGAGAUGAGAAGAGAACAGAUGGUGAGACUGAGGUUAGUUGGUCACACAAGGAAGCUGGCCACACAAAGACUACAUCUUAUUAACCAUUAGCGAUUCCAUCUAAUUGGCCCUGUGGUCCCACCACUGUUCAGACAUUGCAGGCAUGACUGUGAGCUCUGCCCCUCCUUCAGCUGUGUCAGCAGGUACAAAAUGUUCCCAACUUCACAAGAAGCCUGAAUACUGAUACAGAGCACAAGUAGUGGACAGAGACACUCUUCCCGUAAGGCAACAGGACAAUGGCUUCCCACAACAGGAGAUGGAACCUUUUCACUUUUUCUUGCUGCAUCAUUGUCCUGCUAGUCCCCCUCAUGGCUACGAGGCCACAACAGCCUUCAGCGGCAUCCAGAGUACAUGAGAAAUACAGCACAUUCCGGGUGGAAUACCCAGAAUGGACCUUUAACCAUCUUGCGGUGGACCACAGAAAUGGGAAUGUGUACCUUGGUGCAGUGAACCGCAUCUACAAACUCUCACCUGGGUUGGAAGUACAGGUGUCACAUCAGACCGGUCCAGAUGAGGAUAACCGGAACUGCUACCCGCCCCGUAUAGUGCAGCCUUGUAGCGAACCUCUCACGUUGACCAACAAUGUCAACAAGAUGCUGCUCAUGGACUACCGUGAGAACCGGCUGCUGGCCUGCGGCAGCCUGUACCAGGGUAUUUGCAAACUGCUCCGCCUGGAUGAUCUCUUUAAGCUUGGAGAGCCCUUCCAUAAAAAGGAGCACUACCUCUCUGGCGUCAACGAGAGUGGCGCCGUAUUUGGGGUCAUUGUGUCUUACGGUGAUGCCUCGCCUGAUAAGCUGUUUGUGGCCACAGCUGUCGACGGAAGACCGGAGUACUUCCCGACGAUAUCCAGUCGUAAGCUCACCCGUAACUCUGAGGAGGAUGGGAUGUUCGCCUACGUCUUCCACGAUGAGUUUGUUGCCUCCAUGAUUAAAAUCCCAUCAGAUACAUUCACGGUGGUACCAGACUUUGACAUCUAUUACAUAUAUGGGUUUAGCAGUGGAAAUUUUGUGUAUUUUCUCACAUUGCAACCCGAAAUGGGAGUAGGCCCAACGACUGGGUCAUCCUCGGCCGGUCGUGAACAGGUGUACACUUCCAAACUGGUGCGACUCUGCAAGGACGACACUGCAUUUAACUCGUACGUCGAAGUUCCUCUCGGUUGCGUUAAGGGUGGAGUUGAGUAUCGCCUCCUGCAGGCGGCCUACCUGUCCAAAGCAGGUACCAUCCUGGCGCGUUCGCUGGGCAUAGGACCCGAUGAUGACAUCCUUUAUGCUGUGUUCUCCAAAGGACAGAAAAGGAGGCCUAAGGAGUCAUCUCAGGAGUCAGCUCUAUGCGUGUUCACUCUGAAAGAGAUUAAUGAAAGAAUUAAGGACCGGUUGCAGUCGUGCUAUAAAGGGGAGGGAACCUUGGAUCUCGCUUGGCUCAAAGUGAAAGACAUCCCAUGCAGUAGUGCGCUCCUCACCAUUGAUGACAACUUCUGUGGUCUGGAUAUGAACGCCCCACUCGGCGUCUCGGAGAUGGUACGCGGAAUUCCACUGUUCUCCGAAUCCAAUGACAAAAUGACAUCAGUUAUCGCCUACGUGUACAAGAACCACUCUCUGGCCUUUGUGGGGACCAAAGGCGGUCGGCUGAAAAAGAUUCGAGUGGAUGGUCCCACCUACGGUGCUUUACAAUACGAAACCAUCCAGGUGGUCGACAAUGGGCCGAUUCUACGAGACAUGGCCUUUUCAUCUGAUCAGCAUUUCUUGUAUGUGAUGUCAGAGUCCCAGGUGAGUCACUGCUACCAUUUGCCCGAAAUGCAUCACGAUUUACACAGCACUCAGGGGCCGGGAAAGAAGGAGAAAUAAAAUUAUACCAGAAUUUAGGGGUUUCACUU